AUGGCGGCUGUGCCACAGUUUGCCUCCUUGUAUGUGGGCGACCUGCAUCCUGAUGUGACAGAGGCCAUGCUCUACGAGAUCUUCAAUUCAGUUGGUCCGGUUGCAUCGAUUCGCGUAUGCCGCGACACCGUGUCUCGGAGGUCAUUGGGCUACGGCUACGUGAACUUUCACAGCGUCUCUGAUGCCGAGCGCGCCCUGGACACACUGAACUACUCAGGCAUCAAGGGACGCGCAUGCCGCAUCAUGUGGAGCCAGAGGGAUCCGAGCCUGCGUAAGAGUGGCCUGGGAAACGUUUUCGUGAAGAACUUGGACAAGGCCAUCGACAACAAGGCACUGUAUGACACUUUCAGUCUCUUCGGCAACAUCCUUUCCUGCAAAGCCGGUGGCGUGCGAUUCGACUGGAAAGUCCAGAGGUUANNNUAUGGCUUUGUGCACUACGAGACCGAAGAGGCCGCGAAGCAGGCCAUUGAACGUCCACGACUAAGUUCGCUAGACUCAGCCUGUCGCAUGAAACGAGUGAAUGGAAUGCAGAUUGGCGAGCAGACAGUGUCUGUGAGCAGCUUUGUCAAGCGAGAUGAGCGCGACAACCCAGCAGCCCAGAAUUUCACCAACUUGUACAUCAAGAACUUCCCCGAGGAGUGGGAUGAGGAUAAGAUCAAGGCUGUCUUCGGUGAGGCUGGCAGCAUUACCUCGACGCACUUCGUUGUAGACGCAAAGUCACGCAGGUUCGCUUUUGUCAAUUUCGAGAGUACGGAGGAGGCCAAGAAGGCCAUCGAGCUGUUUCACGAGAAGGAUGUCCGCUCUGAGGAGCAGAAAGAGGCUGGCAAGGAUGACGAAGAGGAUGGCAAGAACUCACUCCUGUAUGUGCAGCGAGCGCAGUCGAAGCAGGAGCGAGCAAUGGAGCUGAAGCAGAAGAUGCCUCAACCUGACAACUCACGCCAGAGCCGCAACGCCGGUGUUAACUUGUACAUCAAGAACUUGGACGAGAACACCGAUGAUGCUUCGCUUAAGGCGUUGUUCGAUCAGUUCGGCACGGUCACCUCAGUGGCUGCCAUGAAGGAUGAGCGUGGGCAAUGCAAGGGCUUCGGCUUUGUCUGCUUUGCUUCUCCCGAUGAAGCGACCAAGGCCGUCACAGAAAUGCACUUGAAGGUCGUCAAGGGAAAGCCCUUGUACGUUGGAUUGGCCGAGAAGCGCGAGGUUCGCGCCGAGCGGCUCCGCCAGCGUUACUCUCCUGCCGCCGGCAAGGGCGGCAAGGGCAGCUGGAACGAGAAAGGCGGUCCCAUGGGAGGUAAAGGCGGAAAGGGCAAGGGGCCGAUGGGACAGAUGUAUGGACAGCAAGGAGGUUGCGGCAUGCAGCAGAUGUAUCCGAUGGGUAUGCAGAUGGGCAUGAUGGGCCAAAUGGGAAAGGGCGGUGGACCGCAGGGCAUGAUGGGACCGCAGAUGGGCAUGAUGGGCGGCAAGGGCAUGCAGGGCCCUGGAGCCAUGCCUAUGGGUGCCAUGGGCCCCAUGGGCAAGGGCAACGUUCCCAUGGUCGCAGGAAAAGGAAUGAUGGGACCGAUGCCUGGCAUGACGGGUAUGGGCCCGAUGGGGCCCAUGGGCAUGAUGGGACCCAUGAUGCGUCCACCAAUGCAGCCCAUGCCGAUGAUGCGCCCAGGCAUGCCGCCAAUGCCACAGCCGGCACAGAACGCCCGGCCUCCGGCACCACAGCCUGCAGCCCCUCAAGCAGGCAACCUCGGUGGAGGUGGCGGCGGCGGCAGCAAUCAGCCCUUGACUCCUGCAGGGCUUGCGGCAGCCCCUCCGGCAGUGCAGAAACAAAUCAUCGGAGAGAGGCUGUACUCCCAAGUGGCCAAACAGCAGCCUGAACUUGCGGGUAAAAUCACUGGCAUGAUGCUGGAGAUGGACAACUCAGAACUUCUCAUGCUGCUUGAUUCUGAGCAGCAGCUGAAGGGAAAGGUCGACGAGGCUUUGCGUGUGCUUGAACAGGCCAAGUAG